UCUCUCUGCCAGGUCUUGUCACAUGGGGAGUCUUUUAAAUGCUUUAGUCUCCUCAGUCAGUACAGAGCCAGACACUGAAAGCUCACCUCAUCCUGCUCACACAUCAAACAACCUUUUUACCCAACAGCAACUUUCUGGAUUGGAGAAACACACAUUGUCAUUAAUACAGAGGAGCGAGGAACAGGAUAGCGAGAGUGCACGAGAGGAGAGCGUAAAAUAUUUAAAAUGGCCAACACCGUAACGUUGCUGUGCCGUGUAGUGCUAGCUGCUGUGGUGGUGGCAUACGCUCAGAGACGCAACCAGACAGGAGCCAGUAUUCAGUAUGAGCUUAUGGGUGGGGACGUGACCAUGAGGUGUGGCUCUCUGGACAGCGAUGCCAGCGUGACGUGGAAGGUAAACGGGACGGACGUGAAGGCACACCAUCGGGAGGAGGGGUCUAGACUCAUACUGAUGGAGGUGGACCUCUCUAACAACGGACUUUACAGCUGCUUUCAGAACCCCAACGGAGAACGACGGGACCAGAUCAACCUGCGCAUGGGCACCUCCCCUAGGGAACCCACGGUGACGUGUCGAUCCAACACCUACCCUAAAGGUUUCUACUGUAGCUGGCACCUUCAGCACCCCACCUCCAUACCCACAGACUUCGACGUCACCGUCCUACACAACCAGGAGUCCCUAGAAGUAACCAGGGAUUUGGUCCAUAAGAACCGCUGUCACGUUCAGUUCCCCGAGGUGUUCAGUAGCUACCCUUACAGAGUCAACGUCACGGCCGUUAACGCCCUGGGGAAAGCCUCCACCACCAUCAGCUUUGAAGAGUUCAACAUAGUGAAACCAGACCCCCCUGAAAGGGUGGUGGCCACUCCCAUCCCCAGCAACGUGCGUCGUCUGGAGGUCACAUGGAACAGUCCCUCUACCUGGCCUGAUGUAGAGAUCUUCCCCCUGAAGUACUUCCUACGAUACAGACCCCUCAUCAGAGACCAGUGGCAACAUGUGGAGUUGUCAGACAGUACGGCCCACACCAUAACGGAUGCGUACGCAGGGAAGGAGUACAUCAUUCAGGUGGCGACUAAGGACAUGGAGAUCGGCACCUGGAGUGACUGGAGCGUCGCGGUGCACGCCACCCCCUGGAUGGACGAACCCAAACAGAUCCCCUCCACCACCGAGCAAGAACCGCGCCUUGAGACCACCCCUUCCCCGGCCCCUCCCUCAGCAGAGCCCCAUAGGGCAGAUGUCCCAGUGGGCAGAGCUUCAUCGUCCCUACACCUCCUGUCACCCUUCCUCUGGUCCUCCUGUCUGCUGCAAGGGGCCCUAACCCUGACCCUGAUGUGAUGUUUUAUUCCCGUGGAUGAAAUUGAGGAGGAGUCUUCUAUGUCUAUUCUGCACAUGUUAAUGGACUGCAUUGAUCAUUGAUCAUUUAAUUAAAGUUUCAACAUUAAAUAGAAAGAUGUGAUGAAGUCAAAGGUAAAAAAUAAACAUUUCCUACAGAAAAAAAAAACCUAUCAACUUCUCAGAAGAACAACAGCAGGUUCUACCAGAGAACUGCAGUUCUGCACAGACACAGACAUCAUUGAUUGGACAACACAGAAGCAGACAUCAUUGAUUGGACAACACAGAAGCAGACAUCAUUGAUUGGACAACACAGAAGCAGACAUCAUUGAUUGGACAACACAGAAGCAGACAUCAUUGAUUGGACAACACAGAAGCAGACAUCAUUGAUUGGACAACACAGAAGCAGACAUCAUUGAUUGGACAACACAGACGCAGACAUCAUUGAUUGGACAACACAGAAGCAGACAUCAUUGAUUGGACAACACAGAAGCAGACAUCAUUGAUUGGACAACACAGAAGCAGACAUCAUUGAUUGGACAACACAGAAGCAGACAUCAUUGAUUGGACAACACAGAAGCAGACAUCAUUGAUUGGACAACACAGAAGCAGACAUCAUUGAUUGGACAACACAGAAGCAGACAUCAUUGAUUGGACAACACAGAAGCAGACAUCAUUGAUUGGACAACACAGAAGCAGACAUCAUUGAUUGGACAACACAGAAGCAGACAUCAUUGAUUGGACAACACAGAAGCAGACAUCAUUGAUUGGAUAACACAGAAGCAGGACUGUGUUUCCAUGGAGCCCCAGGCUUGUUAGUGGAUCUGAGACUGAUAAGACUUCUUCUCAGCAGCACAGCGGACUGAUUCCAUUCUCCAAGUUUUAAAAAACUAACAUUUUCAUUCAUUAUUCAGUGAAUUUUGAGACACCUGUAAAAGAUCCCAAUAUCCCCUUUGUCAUCAUUUGUGGUGACAUACAGCUAACACAUCAUGCCAAAGACUUGUCUUGGAGAAGGUUUCCCACAAUCCUCAGCUUCCUUAAGCCUGUGCCUGUGUAGAAGGGGAUGGAACCCAGAGAAUUCCAGGAAUAUGUAUCUGACAUCCCGACAACCAACAUGACGUCACGAUAUAAACAACAACACAUGACAUAAACAACAACAUAACAGAGAACUAAAACACACUUUGGAGAAAUCCUGAAUAACAAUUCUAUAGCUGUUAUUGGUUUGUUUAGCUUUCUACUGCACCCAGCGAUCAGCAAGAGAGUAGAGACGUUAAAACACUGUGGAUUUGAGAGCAAUUCAUAUCCAUCGGCGGCGUCUGUUUGGGACUUUACUAUUGAGGAAGUAGAUUGCAAAUCAAUACGUGACUUUAAAAGGAUAAGGGUCUAUCUGCAAAAAGAUGAUUCUGAGGUAUUUGGAUUUAAAGUUCCAAAACCUCAUUGGUUUGAACGGUGUGAUCAAUUUUAACAUGUAGUCUUUACCAACAUAUUUACAGCACUAUAUAAGUAGACAUUGUACAGAACAAAAAUAUUUCAAUAACUCAGUUUUCACAAAAAAAUGCCGAUAGAACCAUUCAAUUCCAAGAUCUCGAUUAGGCCCUUAAUCCUCUGGCAGGUGGACUAUAUACUCUGUAGAAAGACAAGAUCUCGAUUAGGCCCUUAGUCCUCUGGCAGGUGGACUAUAAACUCUGUAGAAAGACAAGACCUCGAUUAGGCCCUCAGUCCUCUGGCAGGUGGACUAUAUACUCUGUAGAAAGACAAGCUCUCGAUUAGGCCCUUAGUCCUCUGGCAGGUGGACUAUAUACUUUGUAGAAAGUCAAGAUCUCGAUUAGGCCCUUAGUCCUCUGGCAGGUGGACUAUAUACUCUGUAGAAAGUCAAGCUCUCGAUUAGACCCUUAAUCCUCUGGCAGGUGGACUAUAUACUCUGUAGAAAGGCAAGAUCUCGAUUAGGCCCUUAGUCCUCUGGCAGGUGGACUAUAUACUCUGUAGAAAGUCAAGAUCUCGAUUAGGCCCUUAGUCCUCUGGCAGGUAAGCUAUAAGCUCUUUAGAAAGAUAAGAUCUCGAUUAGGCCCUCAGUCCUCUGGCAGGUGGACUAUAUACUCUGUAGAAAGACAAGAUCUAAAUUAGUUCCUUAGUCCUCUGGCAGGUGGACUAUAUACUCUGUAGAAAGUCAAGAUCUCGAUUAGGCCCUUAGUCCUCUGGCAGGUGGACUAUAAACUCUGUAGAAAGACAAGAUCUCGAUUAGGCCCUUAGUCCUCUGGCAGGUGGACUAUAAACUCUGUAGAAAGACAAGAUCUCGAUUAGGCCCUUAGUCCUCUGGCAGGUGGACUAUAAACUCUGUAGAAAGUCAAGAUCUCGAUUAGGCCCUUAGUCCUCUGGCAGGUGGACUAUAAACUCUGUAGAAAGACAAGAUCUCGAUUAGGCCCUUAGUCCUCUGGCAGGUGGACUAUAAACUCUGUAGAAAGACAAGAUCUCGAUUAGGCCCUCAGUCCUCUGGCAGGUGGACUAUAUACUCUGUAGAAAGUCAAGAUCUCGAUUAGGCCCUUAGUCCUCUGGCAGGUGGACUAUAAACUCUGUAGAAAGACAAGAUCUCGAUUAGGCCCUUAGUCCUCUGGCAGGUGGACUAUAAACUCUGUAGAAAGACAAGUUCUCGAUUAGGCCCUUAGUCCUCUGGCAGGUGGACUAUAUACUCUGUAGAAAGUCAAGAUGUCGAUUAGGCCCUUAGUCCUCUGGCAGGUAAGCUAUAAGCUCUUUAGAAAGAUAAGAUCUCGAUUAGGCCCUCAGUCCUCUGGCAGGUGGACUAUAUACUCUGUAGAAAGACAAGAUCUAAAUUAGUUCCUUAGUCCUCUGGCAGGUGGACUAUAUACUCUGUAGAAAGUCAAGCUCUCGAUUAGGCCCUUAGUCCUCUGGCAGGUGGACUAUAUACUCUGUAGAAAGUCAAGAUCUCGAUUAGGCCCUUAGUCCUCUGGCAGGUGGACUAUAAACUCUGUAGAAAGACAAGAUCUCGAUUAGGCCCUUAGUCCUCUGGCAGGUGGACUAUAAACUCUGUAGAAAGACAAGAUCUCGAUUAGGCCCUUAAUCCUCUGGCAGGUGGACUAUAAACUCUGUAGAAAGACAAGAUCUCGAUUAGGCCCUUAAUCCUCUGGCAGGUGGACUAUAUACUCUGUAGAAAGUCAAGAUCUCGAUUAGGCCCUUAGUCCUCUGGCAGGUGGACUAUAAACUCUGUAGAAAGACAAGAUCUCGAUUAGGCCCUUAGUCCUCUGGCAGGUGGACUAUAAACUCUGUAGAAAGACAAGAUCUCGAUUAGGCCCUUAAUCCUCUGGCAGGUGGACUAUAUACUCUGUAGAAAGACAAGCUCUCGAUUAGGCCCUUAGUCCUCUGGCAGGUGGACUAUGUACUCUGUAGAAAGUCAAGCUCUCGAUUAGGCCCUUAAUCCUCUGGCAGGUGGACUAUAUACUCUGUAGAAAGUCAAGAUCUCGAUUAGGCCCUUAGUCCUCUGGCAGGUAAGCUAUAAGCUCUUUAGAAAGAUAAGAUCUCGAUUAGGCCCUCAGUCCUCUGGCAGGUGGACUAUAUACUCUGUAGAAAGACAAGAUCUAAAUUAGUUCCUUAGUCCUCUGGCAGGUGGACUAUAUACUUUGUAGAAAGUCAAGAUCUCGAUUAGGCCCUUAGUCCUCUGGCAGGUGGACUAUAUACUCUGUAGAAAGUCAAGCUCUCGAUUAGGCCCUUAAUCCUCUGGCAGGUGGACUAUAUACUCUGUAGAAAGGCAAGAUCUCGAUUAGGCCCUUAGUCCUCUGGCAGGUGGACUAUAUACUCUGUAGAAAGUCAAGAUCUCGAUUAGGCCCUUAGUCCUCUGGCAGGUAAGCUAUAAGCUCUUUAGAAAGAUAAGAUCUCGAUUAGGCCCUCAGUCCUCUGGCAGGUGGACUAUAUACUCUGUAGAAAGACAAGAUCUAAAUUAGUUCCUUAGUCCUCUGGCAGAUGGACUAUAUACUCUGUAGAAAGUCAAGCUCUCGAUUAGGCCCUUAGUCCUCUGGCAGGUGGACUAUAUUCUCUGUAGAAAGUCAAGAUCUCGAUUAGGCCCUUAGUCCUCUGGCAGGUGGACUAUAAACUCUGUAGAAAGACAAGAUCUCGAUUAGGCCCUUAGUCCUCUGGCAGGUGGACUAUAAACUCUGUAGAAAGACAAGAUCUCGAUUAGGCCCUUAAUCCUCUGGCAGGUGGACUAUAUACUCUGUAGAAAGACAAGCUCUCGAUUAGGCCCUUAGUCCUCUGGCAGGUGGACUAUGUACUUUGUAGAAAGUCAAGAUCUCGAUUAGGCCCUUAAUCCUCUGGCAGGUGGACUAUAUACUCUGUAGAAAGUCAAGAUCUCGAUUAGGCCCUUAGUCCUCUGGCAGGUAAGCUAUAAGCUCUUUAGAAAGAUAAGAUCUCGAUUAGGCCCUCAGUCCUCUGGCAGGUGGACUAUAUACUCUGUAGAAAGACAAGAUCUAAAUUAGUUCCUUAGUCCUCUGGCAGGUGGACUAUAAACUCUGUAGAAAGUCAAGCUCUAAAUUAGUUCCUUAGUCCUCUGGCAGGUGGACUAUAUACUCUGUAGAAAGACAAGAUCUCGAUUAGGCCCUCAGUCCUCUGGCAGGUGGACUAUAUACUCUGUAGAAAGUCAAGCUCUAAAUUAGUUCCUUAGUCCUCUGUCAGGUGGACUAUAAACUCUGUAGAAAGUCAAGCUCUAAAUUAGUUCCUUAGUCCUCUGGCAGGUGGACUAUAUACUCUGUAGAAAGACAAGAUCUCGAUUAGGCCCUUAGUCCUCUGGCAGGUGGACUAUAUACUCUGUAGAAAGACAAGAUCUCGAUAAGGCCCUUAGUCCUCUGGCAGGUGGACUAUAAACUCUGUAGAAAGACAAGAUCUCGAUUAGGCCCUUAGUCCUCUGGCAGGUGGACUAUAAACUCUGUAGAAAGACAAGAUCUCGAUUAGGCCCUUAAUCCUCUGGCAGGUGGACUAUAUACUCUGUAGAAAGACAAGAUCUCGAUUAGGCCCUCAGUCCUCUGGCAGGUGGACUAUAAACUCUGUAGAAAGACAAGAUCUCGAUUAGGCCCUCAGUCCUCUGUCAGGUGGACUAUAAACUCUGUAGAAAGACAAGAUCUCGAUUAGGCCCUCAGUCCUCUGGCAGGUGGACUAUAUACUCUGUAGAAAGUCAAGAUCUCGAUUAGGCCCUUAGUCCUCUGGCAGGUGGACUAUAUACUCUGUAGAAAGACAGGAGUUUAAUUUAUACUUCCAUUGCCUUUUGAAAAUGUGUUUUUGCGGUUUACAAUUGAAUAGGCAAUAUCACAAGUUCAUAUUAUUACAAGGAAUACUGUUGUGCUUUAUUACAUGUUAAAUAUUGAAUAAUAAAAUACACACAGGAUCUACACACACACAUGAUCUACACACACACACAGGAUCUACACACCCACAUGAUCUACACACACACACAGGAUCUACACACACAUGAUCUACACACAGGAUCCUAGUUUGUUUUUUCAGACAUUCAGAACGGCUCAUGAUCAUAUUUUGUAAUAACUAUGAUAUGUAUCUUUAAAAUGAAAAGAAAGUGUAUUAUUUAAUAAUGUAUGUAUUAGCUUUAGAUUCUUGUAACCUGUACCUGGGUUAUUUUUAUAGAUAUAUAUAUACAAUGAGAGGUUGUUCAUUAAAUGUGACCAUUUCACAAUGA